AGCUGAGCACGGGCGUGGUUUACGUUCCAACAGGUUCGCGUUCACGCGCGGAAAUUCGCGCAGCUCGAGGGAAGGGAAGAGGAGCUCGCGCGCUCCCGGUUUGUCACCUGGUCGCUUCGGGAAGCGCCGAAAUGUUGAGUUUGGGAGGCGGAGGAGCGAAAAGCGCCAAGCCGUCGUUCGUGUCUUAUGUUACGCCCGAGGAAAUAAAACCUGAGAAAGAAUCACAAAAGAAGGAGAAGCAUCCUGACUUGCUACCAGGGGAAGUCGUGUUCUGCAGUGCAAGCCCUGUUCUCAGACACACACAGGAUGACGUCUCUCAGCGGGGAAUCUUCGGCACGCUCCUCUGCACUAACUUUCGUGUCUCUUUUAUCAGUGAUGAGACACCGCUGGAGGAGACGACCCAACACUUCAGGAAUAAGCUCUAUGGAGAAAAUGACAUUCCACUAAUGUGUGUGGACCAUGUCUAUGGAGUUUACGACGAGAAGAAAAAGUUGAUAACUGGAGGCAUUCAGGCAAAUAAAUAUCCAUCAAAAAUGAUCAUUCACUGUAAAGACCUGCGUGUCUUCCAGUUCUGCUUAACCUAUACCAAAGAAGAGGAUGCCAAAAAGAUCUUUCGGGGUAUUGUUCACCACUGCCUGGAGCCAAAGUCUCUGAAAUGUGUCUUUGCUUUUUCUUAUGCUCAUGCAACAAGUUCAAGUGUGAAAUUUCAUCUUACAGGAAAACAGACAGCACAGAAGACUGUUAUGUUCGAUUCACAAGAUGACUGGACGCAAGAAAUGAAAAGGACCAAAGGAAACUGUAGAAUAGUCACUAGAAAUGAGAACUUUGAAAUUUCCACAAAAUUACCAAAGUACUUCAUCAUUCCAGCAGCUGUCACUGAUGAGGAUUUAGAUAAAUUCCCAGGAACUGGGUUACCAAUUUGGUGCUGGUCCCACCAUAGUGGCUGUGCUUUAUUUAAGUCCUCCUCUGUGCCCAUAAGUCAGGAAGAUGGGGUUUUACAGACCUACAUAGAGAGAAUGCUUCAGGCUGUGGCUCAAAACCACCUUUAUUCUGUUAAAACAGAGGAUCUGUCUGAAACACUCCCCACCAUUCAGGACAUUCAGCAGUCUUACACAAAGUUCAAGCAGUUUUUUCUCAUUGAUAAUUCAACUGAUUUUUGGGUAUCAGAUGUCAAGUGGUUCUCCUCUCUUGAAAGCUCAGGCUGGCUAGACAUUAUAAGACAGUGUCUCCAGAAAGCAGUGGAAGUGGUAGAGUGCCUUGAAAAGGAAAAUACCAAUGUCCUAAUAAUGGACGAGGAAGGUACAGACCUGUGCUGCGUUAUCUCCAGCCUGGUUCAGAUCAUGCUGGAUCCUCACUACAGGACACUGAUAGGUUUUCAGGGCCUGGUGCAGAAAGAGUGGGUGGCUGGCUGCCAUGCUUUCCUCGAUCGAUGUAAUCACCUUCAUCAGAAGGACAAGGAGUGUCAGUCCCCAGUCUUCCUGCUCUUCCUGGAGUGUGUGUGGCAGCUAGUUCAACAACACGGCACAGCCUUCCAGUUUUCCGAGACCUAUUUGACCGUUCUGUCCGACAGCGUCCAUGUGCCAGUCUUCAGCACUUUCCUGUUUAAUUCUGCCCAUCAGAGGGAAAGCACAAUGACGGCCGAGUCACAGUACUCACAAAGAGGUCCAUUGACCUGCCCUGCAGUGUGGGACUGGUUGGUGCAGUUUGACUGCAAGGCCCAGCAGCUCUUCCUUAACCCUCUGUAUAGCGAGAAGCUCAAGCAAGAGAAAACUUUACGCAAAGGUCCUCGGGGAAAGCAGCACCAACGGCAGAUGUCCUUGCCCAGCUCUGCAUUUAAAACACCUCCCAAGAAGGGUUUCUUCAAAGAUGAGGCAGACAGUCUGAAGAAGCUGCUUCGUGUAAAGCGCCUCAGCCGCUGGAUGGCGUCACCUGAAAGCCCGGUGGCAGGGCCCACUAGCGAGUUCUAUGAGGCUUGGCAGCGUCGCCCGCCAGAUCCUUAUGGCCUGCUGCUGCCGUGUCUGUCUAGACCAGCCAUACAUCUGUGGAAGCAGCGCUGUCUCCGCUGGAUCCCUGACAGUCAGAUCGUGGGUGGAGGCUCUGUGGCUCUCACAAGCAAGCUUGCCGAGCUCCUGGACCAAGUGCAGGAGCUCCGGAGUGAUCUAGAGCACAGGGCAUGCUGGGAUAUUCAGGCUAUAAGCCCCCGGCUGCAGCCAAGGCCAAUAGCGUUGACACGAGCCUCUGUGCGUCUGUCAUCCUCCUUCCCCUUUGCUUCUGGUCGGAGCUGGUGCUCCAAGCCUGCCAUUCCCACAAGCCUUCUACAUAAUCUGAUGGUGAGCGAUAAGCUAGCGAGCCAAGAUGAUGAAAGCAGUGAAGUCAUAAGCUUUGUUUAGGCCUAGGAGACCUAUUUAGAGUGACAUGGGUCACUGCUUUGGAGUGACUUACAUGUGUAUUUAAGGUGUGUCUGCGUAUUUAUGUAUACAGUCCCAGUCAAAGGAUUUGACACUCCUUAUUAAAUGAAUCAUGAAAAAUCAACCAGCCAAAAUGACCAAACUCUCAUCAAGGCAAGAAUUCAAAAAUCUAAAAAGGAAAAAAAUAAGCCUUUACACUGUCUCAUUGUUUAAUGCAAUACAAUAUUCAGACAAAGUCAAUGGGCCUCAGUUAUCAGCCUGGACAUGAAUAAAUUUAUGCGUAAAUCAUCACAAGAGUACUGAAACAAGAAAUAUAAUCAAAAAUCCAGUUUGGAAAAAUGUUUGCAUCCUACGAGAGCAUCUGAGUUUGUGUAAAUUUCCACGCACUAAUGUGAACGCACUAAUGUGAACUUUGAUUGAUCGGCUUCAAAUUGGAGAAGUUUAUAUAAGGAUUACACUGUCAAGCUUAUUUAUUUAAUUUACACACAUAUUAAAGAAGAUUUCGUGGCACUGCGAAAGACCAAAAAAAAAAAUCCAAAAGAAAUACCUAAAUUAUGACCGAUAAAAGAAAUGUCACUCGUAAAAGGAGGAAAUGUUAGUGUUUAUUAUGGCUAAUGCACUGAAUUACAGAACAAUUUAACACAUGCUGUGAUCAGGAGGCACUCUUUUGUUACCAUUUCUCAUCUUCCGCUCUGAGAGUUUAGCCAUUUGUGGGGGUCACUAAACGCAAAUCAGCUGUGCCAUGAAUGUGCUUUGUCAUUUACAGGUGAUCUAACCCAAAUGGACCGCUGACCGUUUAUCAAUACAAGCGCAUGAGUAUGAAGAAAAUCUGUGUUACUGAAACAUUUGUAAAUCGCUUUGUUUGGCCUAUGAUAAUAUUUACGCACAACUUUACUAAAAGGUUCGUUAAUGAGAUCUAUUGUUUAAAUUGUAAGGGCAGGGUCUAGAUCGAAGUAUUUAUAACCCCAAGUCCAAAAAAGUUGGGGCACUGUGUAAAACGUAAAUAAAAACAGAAUGCAAUGAUUUGCAAAUCUCAUAAACCCAUAUGUUCUUCACAAUAGAACAUAGAAAACACAUCAAAUGUUUAAACUGAUCAAAUGUACCAUUUUAUCACGGGCAUGUAAUAUUGAUUUUCACUUUCGUCCCUUGCACAGAGAUUUCUCCUGAUUCUCGGAAUCUUUUGAUGAUAUUAUGUAUUGUAGAUGAUGAGAUAUUUAUGUCUUCGCAAUAUUACAUUGAGGAACAUUAUUCUGAAAUUUUUUCCACAAAUUGUAGAUGCAGUUUUUCGCAGAUUGGUGAACCUCUGCCCAUCUUUAAUUCUGAAAGACUCUGCCUCUCUAAGAUACUCUUUUUAUACCCAGUCAAUUUACUGAUCUGUUGGCAAUUAACUUCCAGCUGUUUCUUUGUAGUAACACUUACUUUUCCAGCCUUUUGUUGCCCCCGUUCCAAAUUUUUUGAGACGUGUUGCGGCCAUCAAAUUCAAAAUUACCUUAUUUUUUCUUAAAACGGUAUGUUUACUCAGUUUAAACAUUUGAUAUGUUUUCUAUGUUCUAUUGUGAAUAACAUAUGGGUUUAUGAGAUUUUCCAAUCAUUGCAUUCUGUUAUUAUUUACAUUUUACACAGCGUCCCAACUUUUUUGGAAUCGGGGUUGUAAAAUAUAAGAAACUUUAACAAUUUUUGGUCACUGCCAAAAAUCUCUAUAUGGUAUUUAAUAGUUUGGUUUUCUAUUAUCAUAGAAAGUGGAAAAUGGUUAAAAUGAAUAAACCCUUACUGUAAAUAGGUGUCAGACUUUGGACUAGUAUCUGUGUUUUUCUGGGACUUAAGGUCUUAAGCUUGGUUUAAGAGCAGAUCUUUGAACAGUGAAGUAACUCAAAGUGAUCUGAGUGAUAAAGCAGGGAUAAAGCCUUGUUCACACUGUAGGUGGACCCUACUGUAUCAAAACCCUGACUUGAGCCAUAAGAACUAUACUUUUAUAUAAGCAUAUAUGCAAGCGCUAAAUCAGGAAUGCAGUGUGUUUAUUUUGUACAUGCAAUAUGUUGCUUAGGCAUUUAUUUACAAGGUUGUACAGACCAGUAUGGAUUGGACCAGUUGGUUCUAACAUCAGAGGCGUGUGGAUAGUUAUAUGGCUUGUCAGUGAUGUAUAAGGGUUUUUGUUUUUUCACUAAAUCCUUAAUAAAUAAAUAGCACUUUUCUAGUAUGACUGCAAAUGUCCAAUUAAAAAAAAACAAACAUUUGGGGCAUAUUGAAAGGAUUAGUUCAUUGAUUCAUAUGACUAGUGGAGUUUGAGGAAAAUCAGAACUUAAACUGUCUAGAGCACAUUCAUUUAGAUUAUCAAUCCAUGUGUUCAAGCAAAAAA